AUGGCUGUCAAGAUCCUGCUGACUCUGCUGCUCCUUUGCGUUGCCUUCGAGUUGGGCUCGCAGUGCCAAACUAAAACCAACACUGUAAAUGGCUGCGACGUGGUGGUGAACACGAGUCCUUGCUGCAAGGGCAAGAAACUGGAACAUCAGUGCGUCUGCGAUUUUACCUGCUCGGAGUGGGACAAACCCUGUAACUGGGUACUCACCUGUAAGGAGGAAAUCGAGAACAUUAACAAUUUCCGUCGGGCUAAGAACAAGCUAAAUGUUUUCAGACUGCCAAGUCGUACCCAAAAAGAGUGUCUGCAGAUCAAUAUCAACACACAUAAACACCCCAACUGUUGCGACAAGUUUUGCGCCGUAUAUACAGAUGUUUGUUUUUAA